AUGUCCAAGGAGGCAGCCGAGAAGGAUGAGGCUUGCAUCUGCUAUUGCUCCCUCCAAAUCCUGGACCGCGACGGGAUCGGCCUCAAGACCAAGGGCUCUAGCGUGGGUGGUCCAGUACACUUGAUCUCUGAAGAGGGUGCGGACAAGGUAGUCUUUGAGGCGCUGUUCAACGCAGAUGACCCGCUCUUUUACAUGGAGCUUCGGAACGAGGAUCAGUUCUAUAUCUUCGGGCAUUUGUGGAUGGACGGCUCCUCCUUCAACGAAGACAAGAAGUUCCUGAAUAUCACGCCGAUGCUGACGCAGACCGCGCACAAGGCGAUGGAGAAGAGCGGUACCAAAAGCUUCGAGAUGAAGGCGACGUGCCCUUUUCUUCGUGACUCAACCAGCAAGGCCAUCCCGAUCACGGCUACCAUCGUCGAGAAGAAGUUCACGACAAAGCUGGCCGCCAUCAAGCUCGAGAUCCCGCGGAAGGAUUGGGACGAGUUCAAGGACUACAGGGUGCGCUUCUGGAAGGCGGGGAAGAUCUGGGCCGGGGCCGAGGACAAGAAGGACGACAAAAAGGACAAGAAGGAGGGGGAGGGCGAGGACGGCGACAAGAAGGAGUAG